UCACCUGCCGCCCUGGGCCUGGUGGCCGGCGGCCAGCCGCGGACUGAGGGCGGCGGGGCCGCGGAGACCCCCGCCACCGAGAUGUGGCGGGUCAGCAGGUGGGCGCCCCUAUUCUUCUGCCUGCUGCAGAGCGUCCCAGGAAGGUUCCGUCUAGCCCCACCCAGAAACGUGACACUGCUCUCUGAGAACUUCACUGUGUACCUGACGUGGCUUCCAGGGCUUGGUAACCCUCCGAACGUGACCUAUUUCGUGACCUACCAAGGCUACCCCAGCUCCGAUCCUUGGCGAAAAGUGGAGCAGUGCGCAGGCACCACGGCUCUGGUGUGUCCCCUGAUGUGCCUGAAGAACCAGGAUCUGUACAGAAAGUUCAGGGGGCAAGUGCGGGCGGUGUCUGCGCGUGGCAGGUCCCCAUGGGCGGUGUCCCCGUACCUGGAGUACUUUUUUCAAGUGGGGCUGGCCCCGCCCACCCUUGUGUUCACCCGGAUGGAGAAGAUCCUAUGGGUCAACGCCACCUACCAGCUGCCGCCUUGUGUGCCCUCUCUGGACCUGAAGUAUGACGUGGAAUUCUGGAAGGAGGGCGAAGGAAACAAGACCCUGUAUUCUGCCAAUUCAUAUGACCAACCUGUGAAGAUCCCUCUCCCGAAAGGUGCUAACGGACGUCACUGCCUCAGCGCCAGGACCUACUAUCCCCACACUGAGAUCAAGUACAGCCCCUUCUCUGAACCCAGCUGCAUCUUUCUAGAGGACCCAGGGGCCAUCUGGGCUCUCCUGACACUGCUCUUAGGCGUCCCUCUACUGAUAGCAGCUGCUGCAGCGGGUGUGAUCUGGAAGAAACUGGAAGGGGACCCCUGGUUUCAGUGGGUGAAGAGGCCUCAAGCACUGGACUUUACUGACUACAGAUAUCCGACGGCAGCCUUUCUUCCCAGUGAACCUGAGUUCCCGGAUGAUCUGGUCCUCUGUCCCCAGAAAGAACUGACCAUAAAGACCAGACCAGUCCCUCCAGUCAGAGACCCAGGCACACUACAGGAAGGACCAGAAGAGGACAGCACCGAGGAUGAAGAUGAGGACACAGAUGACAGUGACAGCCUCCAACCCUACCUGGAACGGCCCCUCUUCGUGAGGGAGAAGCUCCAGACGAUAGGGCACUCGGAGGCAGAUGAGUCUGGGGUAGACUCAGGAAGGAGCGAAGACACAUCAACCUGGGACUCUUCAGACAGGAGCUGGUCCAGCACGGUGAACUCCUCACUUAAGGACGAAGCUGGAUCUUCCAGCUGUUUGGACAAGAAAGAGCCAGACCAAGAGCCUGGUGGGGACGGGCACCAGGAGACGCUUCCGUGCCUGGCAUUUUCUGAGGACAUGGGCACUGCGGAAGAGCUUCUAAACGAUGAACUCUUCAGGAGGAACGUUUGGGAUUCCUUAUCCCCAAAGAGAGAUCUGGUUCUUGGGGAGCCCCCAGUUUCUCUUCAGACACUGACUUUCUCCUUGGGCAGUCACCCUGAGGAAGAGGAGUGGGAGGAAGAAGAGGAGGAAGAGGAGGAGGAAGAGGAGGAUGGCUGGGAAUCAGAACCCAAGGGCAGCAUUGCCAGCUGCUGGAACACUUCAAGCCUGCAGAGGACAGAGGUCAGGGAUGAGAUGCUGGGAGAUUAUAUGGCCAGGUGAGCUGGCCCUGGUGGCCCAUCCAGCCUGGUAUUGCUACCUCUACUGUACUUCCCAGAGACAUCUCCAGGUCCCUUCCUGAGAUAUUCAAGGUCCUGGCCACUUAUUUGUGGAUCACCCACAGGCUCUGUCAUUUGGAUUGAGCUGUAAGAUGUCACCAUUCCUGUGACCCACUAGUUGUAGGUGGCCCAUGAGAGGGAUGCAGCUGUGGACUCAUUGAUGUCCAGUGUCCCCAUUGUCCCGGGGAAGGCGGACCUUGUGGAACAUCUUCCUUGGACAAAGUGAAACAGGUAAAGCCAGGUGGCUGUGGACCCCAAGGAUAGACAUGCCCUAGAUCAUAAGUGAUGUAUAGCAUUGCACACAACAGACCUCGGUUCAAAUCUCAGCUCUGCCAUUUACCAGUUGUAACCUGAGCAAGCCACUCUUAAUCUCUGUGCCUCGGUUUCCUCUUCUGCUGCUGUCAUGUGGGUAUGGUGAGGAUUCGGGAGUUUUCAGGUAUGUGUAGCUGGGGCCACCUGUGUCACUUGUACCGUCUGCGCUAGAAACCUCCCUCUGCUCAGACUCCCCGGAGACCAUAGGCAUCUCUCACCAGAGGCCCCUAAGCCAAGAGUGACAAGAAUAGCUACCUUCCAACAUAUCCACCCUCUAGGUCACCCCAUCCUUCCUUGUCACCUUCAUACCUUCUAGUCAUGGGCUCCCUGAAACCAGAGCCCAGCCAACUUUACUUCCUUCUUGAACAUAGGCCACCUUCCAGGGGCCAGAUUUGUUGGGGCAGGGCAGAAACCGCAUCCCUGACCUGAUAUCCCUUUUGGGUGGCCUUGUGACAGGUUUUUUUUGUUUUGUUUUGUUUUGUUUUUACUGUUUGUGGUCAUAAUGAGAUCUUAGUGUCUGAGAAACCAGUGUCUUUUGGGAACAGGUGACUGUCCUUUUGGGGGUGCCCUUUAACUAGUACUUAACUGCAUGAUGCCAAAAAGACCCCACGACCACGUUACCCGUGAUGCUGUGUGGCUUUGAGGCUGGCAUAAAGCCAUAGCUUUACAGAACACAUGUGAGGUCAACCCUUAAGGGCAUCUGGUCCAGGGUUUCUCCAACUCAUUCCCAAAGCCUCUAGGAGCCCAGGCUCUUUCCCUCCAAUGCCAGUAGCCUCACUGAGCCGAUAUAAACACAGUGGCCUUGCAUAGAAGGUGUGUUGGGGUGGGGGGGUUCACAAAAGGUUCUCUACGCUCUGUCUUUAUAGCUGUCUUGUUUCAAACAGAGGGCCUGAGGUACAACAUGGCAAUCCUCUCUUUGAAGUUACCUGGCAAAGCUGUCCUAAUGAUGUAAUACGUGUGGUCCCAAGAGUUUCUGAUCUCGUUGCACUGACAGGAGGCCUUUGCCACCACCUCUGGGACAGGGACACACACACACAAAC